CCAGCAGGCCGCGCGACGGGCGGGCGUCCCUCGGCGGUGCCCGCAGGACCCCGGAGUGGGCGCGGGCUGCCCGGAGCGGCGCCCGCAGGACCCCGGCGCCUACCCAUGCCGAGGUGAGUCCGCGGGAACCGCCGCCGCCACCGCCGCCGCCGUCCCGUCCCCGUCGCCGCCCCGCGCGGCCCCGCCGCCGGCCAGGAUGCUGGAGGAAGCGGGCGAGGUGCUGGAGAACAUGCUGAAGGCGUCGUGCCUGCCGCUCGGCUUCAUCGUCUUCCUGCCCGCCGUGCUGCUGCUCGUGGCGCCGCCGCUGCCCGCCGCCGACGCGGCGCACGAGUUCACCGUGUACCGCAUGCAGCAGUACGACCUGCAGGGGCAGCCCUACGGCACGCGGAACGCGGUGCUCAACACGGAGGCGCGCACCAUCGACGCGGACGUGCUGAGCCGGCGCUGCGUGCUCAUGCGGCUGCUGGACUUCUCGUACGAGCGCUACCAGCGCGCCCUGCGCCAGUCGGCCGGCGCCGUGGUCAUCAUCCUGCCGCGGGCCAUGGCCGCGGUGCCGCAGGACGUCAUCCGGCAAUUCAUGGAGAUCGAGCCCGAGAUGCUGGCCAUGGAGACCAUCGUCCCCGUGUACUUCGCGGUGGAGGACGACGCCCUGCUGUCCAUCUACGAGCAGACGCAGGCUGCGUCCGCCUCCCAGGGCUCCGCCUCUGCCGCCGAAGUGCUGCUCCACACCGCCACCGCCAACGGCUUCCAGAUGGUCACCAGCGGGGUGCAGAGCAAGGCCGUGAGCGACUGGCUCAUCACCAGCGUGGAGGGGCGGCUGACCGGGCUGGGCGGAGAGGACCUGCCUACCAUCGUCAUCGUGGCCCACUACGACGCCUUCGGGGUGGCCCCGUGGCUGUCUCACGGUGCAGACUCCAACGGGAGCGGCAUCUCCGUGCUGCUGGAGCUCGCCCGCCUCUUCUCCAGGCUCUACACCUACAAGCGCACCCACGCCGCGUACAACCUCCUGUUCUUCGCUUCUGGAGGAGGAAAGUUUAACUACCAGGGCACCAAGCGCUGGCUGGAAGACAACCUGGACCACACAGAUUCCAGCCUGCUCCAGGACAAUGUGGCCUUCGUCCUCUGCCUGGACACUGUGGGCCGGGGGGACAGCCUGCACCUGCACGUGUCCAAGCCACCCAGGGAGGGGACGCUGCAGCACGCCUUCCUGCGGGAGCUGGAGACGGUGGCCGCCCACCAGUUCCCCGAGGUGCGCUUCUCCAUGGUGCACAAGAAGAUCAACCUGGCGGAGGACAUGCUGGCCUGGGAGCACGAGCGCUUCGCCAUCCGCCGGCUGCCCGCCUUCACCCUGUCCCGCCUGCAGAGUCCCCGCGGCGGCCAGCGCACCAGCAUCAUGGAUGUGCGGUCCCGGGUUGACUCGAAAACCCUGACCCGAAACACGAGGCUCAUCGCCGAGGCCCUGACCCGCGUCAUCUACAACCUGACGGAGAAGGGGACGCCCCCGGACAUGCCGGUCUUCACGGAGCAGAUGAUCCAGCAGGAGCAGCUGGACUCGGUGAUGGACUGGCUGACCACGCAGCCGCGGGCCGCGCAGCUGGUGGACAAGGACGGCACGUUCCUCAGCACCCUGGAGCACUACCUCAGCCGCUACCUGAAGGAGGUCAAGCCGCACCACGUCAAGGCCGACAAGCGGGAUCCUGAGUUUGUCUUCUAUGACCAGCUGAAGCAGGUGAUGAAUGCCUACAGGGUCAAGCCGGCCGUCUUCGACCUGCUCCUGGCCCUGUGCAUCGGCGCCUACCUCGGGAUGGCCUACACGGCGGUCCAGCACUUCGACCUCCUGUACAAAACAGUUCAGAGACUGCUGAAGGCCAAGACGCAGUGACCGCCGCCCCGUGCCGGCAGGAGGGCAGGGCCUCACCCCUCGGCGGCCGAAACCCUGAAUUACAGAGCUUUUCCGUGUUGCUCUGGAGGA